GACUCGGUUGGGCCGGGCCGAUGAAUAUACCUUCGCCUCCUCCUCCUUUCCCCCAAGCGUGCGCUGUUCCGAACUUGCAUCUCGGCACCUCCCGGAGACGAUCGACCUCGCCGCGCCGGCGACCGUCGCCGGCGACGCCAUCUAGCCACAGGUACAGUGGAGUGCUGAGGUGGAAGCACUCUGCUGUGAAUGGGGAAUGCUAUGAAUAAAGACAAAGUUCAUGGCAAGGAGACUCACGGAACAAGCAGCGAUAUAAACGAGAAUACAUCUGUGGACGAGGUGAAGGGUCCUAAUCUGCUUGAGAGAGCAAAGGAAGAGAUUGAAGCUCUCGCCAGGGCUGUUCAUACCAAGAUGGAGCACCAAUCCAGUCCCCAUGAAAAGGAGGAUGAAUCACAUAAGAAAGACAAGGAGGGGAGCCUGCAGGAAAUAAAAACCCACACAAAUGAAACUCAUGGAACAAGUACUGACAUAAGCGAGAACACACCAGUAGACAAAGUCAAAGGCCCGAAUGUGUUUGAGCGUGCCAAGGAAGAGAUCGAAGCUAUUGCCGAAGCUAUCCAUCCGAAGAAGGGACCAGACAGUAAGUGAGUGAUCCUGGGGGAAUCAUCACCUUCACUGGCUGCAAAAACAAUAACAUGAGCUAUAACCAGAUGAAUGCAUUUACGCUUUGGAGCUGUAAGAGCUUUGUUUGUUUGCUACACUAUUUUUCGUUGGGCCAUUGAGGUUUUUCUGCUUAACAGAGAGGCAUGUAAAAGUACCGAAUGUGGAAUUGUGAUGCGGAAAUUAUGUAAAAAUACUGAAUGUGGAAUUGUGAUGCAGAAAUUAUUGUGCUCGACAAUAUGUUGGUUCACCAA